UGUGUGCCUGUUUCCCUGCAUUCCUAUGAUGUGACACCUCAAAGCCUCUCAGUCUGCUUUCAGACUUUGCUCACAGUGCGGGCAGUGUGCUCUCUCCUCACUGUGCUCUCCGGUCAUUUCAGCGCGCGUGUGUGCUUGAGAUCACUUCGCGCAACUCUGUAGUCAAGGAGAGUCGAGCUUUAGGAGUUGAAAAGUUUUUGAGCUUUUGCAGGUCAUGAGAUCUUGAAAGAAGACCUCCCUUGAAAGAAGAUCUUGGAGAGAAGACUGGGUCGAGCAUUGUGCAACCUGGGAGUGCCGCUCCUUAUUUUGGAACUCGGUUCUUCUUCCGCUUCCAGCUGAAGUGACCCUUUGGAAUCAAAACAGGUUUUUAAAAAAAAAAAAAGUUUUUUUUUUUAAAUUCUACUAUCUGGCUUUGACAGCCAAAAUCUGUGAUUGUGGGUCUUGUGAUAUGAGGGUUUGUGUAGAGGAACAGGUGGGAAUUGGACUUCCUUGCAUCUCUGUUUCUCCGGAGAAGGCUCUGGGAGUCAGAAUGGAGGCAAGGAACUCGUUGACGAAAUACAGAAAUCCGAUGUUACCUUUGGGUUAUGAGACUCAUGAGAGGAGAAACUCCGAGCCGCUGAUCCCUUGUUCAAGCUUACAUCGUCUAUGUCCAGCAGAGGACCGCCGUGACACUGAAUCAUCUAAACGGAUAGGUGAACAGAACUGUGGUUCAAAAAGAUCUUUGGACACCAGAUCGAAGAGCUUGGAAAGCCUGGACUAUGUACACAAAGACUGCUGUUGCAGCACGGCUUCAUGCCGCCGGGUGGAGAGAUUGUGUUGCAGCCAGCAGUGUAGCACAUGUGGGCCAGUGGAAACAGACGGGUGCUGCCAAGAGGCCACUUUUCAAACUGGAGGCUGGGAAACAGGGUUUCCGAGGAGAACAGAGGGGUUUUCUUCUGCCGCAACGCAGCUUUCUGGAGACUCGCCAAGCCUGGGUGAAGAGAGGCUCGACACCAGGAGAAUCAGCUUACCGACGCCGUUCGUGUUGCGCUUUCACUGCACGUGCGCCUAUGGUGCAGGGCUUGAAGCAGGAACGCAGGACCGGGUGAGUUUAAAUUCGGUCCGUUGCCACAGCGGUGUCUUCUCGAGUCUAGAGAGACUCAACAAGAGGUCUAAAGUCAGGUGCUUGAGGAUGCCCUGCCAGGCUUCCGCAACAUCAAAGCCUUCCUUGGCUCACCAAAACAGCAAUGGCCAGGCUGCAGCUUCCGAAAGUGACGUCGCUCAUAGGAAGGAGCGGUCCACCGUGCUGGUCCGUAGGUACCUGAAAAACAACCAGAAGGUCUUGAAGAAGGUGUGCACCGGCACCAGAGCGAUCUUGAGGACCGGUCACAUAUCUGACCGAGCAUGGGAGGCUGCUUUUAGAAAAAGAUGUCGCCUGAGAAAGGCCUGUAACUUUAUAGACACGGAAUACAACAGAGUGCUCCAAGCCAUCCAGCUGCAGGUCUCCAGAGCUCUUCUCUCAUAUUCAGGGGUCAGACUGAAACAGCUCCAGCAUGCUUGUCCUGCUCUGAACUCUGAGGUUCACCUCCUGCAUCCCUCCAGGAAGUUGCUGGCUCAGGCGGUGGCAUGGCUGCCAGCCCGUGUGCAGAACACUGAAUACCGCGCCUGCUCCUGUCGGACUAGCUUAGCAGUCCACCUGAGUGGAUCCCUGCUGGAGGCCACGGCUGCCAUCCCCACCAGCACGCCCAUUGUGAAAGAACGCCAGCUGUGUGGAUCCAUGGCCAGCUCCGGCUCGCUCCCGUCUGGUGUGACGGGGAUCAGUAAGGAGCUGGCCGAACUGCGGCAGCUCAUCCAGUUCCCGGAGGAGAUCGCCAGCAUCCUGACGGAGCAGGAGCAGCAGCUUUACCGCCGUGUGCUCCCACUCGACUACCUGUGCUUCCUCACACGUGACCUGGCCAGCCCCGAAUGUCACAAGAGCCACCCACAUCUCAAGGCCUCAUUAUCAGCACCCGUCAUGCCUACCCAGAGUUCCCAGAACAACGUUGUAGAGGACCUUGUAGCACGGUUCAAUGAGGUGAGUUCCUGGGUGACCUGGCUUAUCCUGACUGCUGGCUCAAUGGAGGAGAAGCGUGAAGUCUUUUCAUACCUCGUUCAUGUUGCCAAAUGCUGCUGGAAUAUGGGCAACUACAAUGCAGUGAUGGAGUUCUUGGCAGGUCUCAGAUCUCGCAAAGUUUUGAAAAUGUGGCAGUUCAUGGACCAAACAGACAUCGAGACCAUGCGAGGUUUAAAAGAUGCCAUGGCCCAGCACGAGACUUCAUCAGAAUACAAGAAGGUGGUGAAUCGUGCCCGGAACAUCCCCGGCUGUAAAGUAGUGCCAUUCUGUGGACUGUUCCUCAAAGAGCUUAGCGAGGCUCUCGACGGAGCGGCGAGCUUGAUUGGGCUGCGUCCCGCUUUCGAUUCUCAGGAGGACGCGCUCGAGUUUGUGUCAGACUACAACGGGCAGCAGCAUUUCCUGCAGAGAGUUGGAGCUGAUGGGCUGCACAACUCCGAGAAGGAGGCCACGGUCAGCAAUAUCCUGCAAACCAUCCGCAGCUGCAACCGCAGCCUGGAGGCUGAUGAGCCAGAGGACACCUUCAGAGACAGGAGCAAGAACCAAUUUCUAGUUGGAGACCUUUCUGACUCAGAAGGGGAUUUGACCGAGCAGCCUCGGGAAUCGGAUCUGCCGAGCCCGGAAGAACCUGAAGGAGCCUUCAGUCAUGGCACAGAGGUGGUGCCCUGGUACGUCCUCUCUCUGUCAGCCGAUAUGCAUCGCUUCCUGCUGCAGGGUGCCACCGUCAUCCACUACGAGCAGGAGAGCCACCUCACAGCCCGCUGCCUCCUGCGCCUGCAGCCUGACAACUGCACCCUGACAUGGAUCAAACCACCGAGCAGCCGGAGCAGGGGCGUCGUACCCGAUUCUCUCCUUCAGGGCCAGGCGGUUGCGUGUGGCCUCACCGAGGGAGUCCUGGACUUGGGUGCCGUCAAGGCUGUGUUUAUGGGCCAUCAGGGGAUCGAUCUCAAUGUAGUGCGCGUGCAACACAAGCUGUGUGGUCUGACUGCUGAGGAGAACGGAGUCACGCUGCUCUACGGGCUGCACACCACCGACAACCGGCUGCUGCACUUUAUUGCGCCGCGGCACACAGCCUCCGUGCUGUACGAGGGCCUGCGGGAGCUGAUUAGUGCCAUCAGGAAGAUGAAGAGGUUCCCAGACCAGAGGUUGCAGUGGCUACGUCGGCAGUAUGUCGGCCUCUUCCAGGAGGACGGUAAAUUCGAAGGGCCGACGCUAGCUCAGACCAUAGAGCUGUUCGGAGGUCGGCGCUGGAACACGAGCUCAGGCAGUAGAAGUGCAGAGAAGACCACCGCUCAGAAAAACAGCCCACUGGGCAUCAGCUCUAACGCUAAGAAAAAGAAGAAAGGUCUCGUGAGGGGGGACAGCGGGGAAGGAACUGAUGAUGAGAUGAUCGCACGCAAGACAAAAAGCUGCAAGGAGGCUCUGAGCAGGAGGUCUUCUGAUCCUUUAGACUGCGUGGAGCAGGAGGAGACUGGGUCUCUAGAUGACUCCAGCCAAUUUGGAACCCCUGGAUCCUCCAUCUCAUCUAACAACAAAACCCAGUCCCCUGGAACGUCCUCCUACUCCUCCCCCACGGGCUCGUCUUGUGUAAACAGCUCCACCCCCAUCCGGCCGCACUCCUCCCCCGUCAUCCCCUGCACCUCUAAAGGCCAACCAGGGGCCUGGAGCAGCAGAAGUUGGCAUGGACGGGGAAAAGGCUGCUUCCGUGGUUUCCAGAACCUCAUGAUCUCGGACAGCAUCAUGACUUUUGUCGAGUUUGUGGAGCUCUUCAAGUCAUUCAGUAUCCGUAGUCGGAAGGAUAUAAAGGAACUGUUCGAUAUGUAUGCUGUGCCCUGCACCCGCUCGGGCCCGGACUCCGUGCCGCUCUACACCACUCUGAGAAUAGACGACAAAAUAACAGGGCUUCAGCCUGACCUAGACCUUCUGACCCGCAAUGGCUCUGACCUCGGCCUGUUCAUCCGCACUCGUCAGCAGAUGUCAGAAAACCAGAAGCAGAUUUCAGACGCCAUUGCUGCUGCUAGCAUCGUGACUAACGGCACAGGCGUUGAACACUCUUCUUUAGGUGUGCUCGGCCUUGCCAUCCCACAGCUCAACGACUUCCUGGUCAACUGUCAGCGAGAGCAUCUGAUCUACGAUGAGAUCCUGACCAUCAUCCAAAAAUUCGAGCCAUCCUCAAGUAUGCGCCAGAUGGGCUGGAUGUCCUUUGAGGGCUUUGCCAGGUUCCUCAUGGACAAGGACAACUUUGCCUCCAGAAACGAAGAGUCUCAAGUGAACUCUGAUGAGCUGCAGUACCCGCUUUCUUACUACUACAUAGAAUCCUCACACAACACAUACCUCACCGGCCACCAGCUGAAAGGAGAGUCCUCAGUGGAGCUCUACAGUCAGGUGCUGUUGCAGGGAUGCAGGAGUGUCGAGCUAGACUGCUGGGAUGGCGACGAUGGCAUGCCGGUUAUUUACCACGGGCACACUCUAACCACCAAAAUCCCCUUCAAGGAUGUGGUGGAAGCUAUCAAUCGGUCUGCCUUCGUGAACUCCGAGAUGCCUGUGAUCUUGUCCAUCGAGAACCACUGCUCUCUGCUUCAGCAGCGCAAAAUGGCCGAGAUCUUCAAGGUGGUAUUCGGAGACAAGCUGGUAACCAAGUUUCUCUUUGAGAGCGAUUUCUCCGACGACCCACUGCUCCCGUCACCAUGGCAGCUAAGGGGCAAGAUUUUAUUAAAGAACAAGAAACUUAAGGCACAUCAAGCCCCUGUGGACAUUCUAAAGCAAAAGGCUCUUCAACUAGCGCACAUGCAAGUGCAAGCCAAUAACUGCACAGUGGCCACCGCGUCUCUUGGCAACAACGAGGAGGAUGAAGAGGAGGAAGACGAGUAUGACUACGACUAUGAGUCACUGUCUGAUGCUGAUGUCCUCAAUGCUUCCACUGCCUCUUAUAGCCAGGAAGAUAACAUCCUGGAUGACAAGCCAGAGGGGAAGUCUUCCACCGAAAAGCUUCAGUACGAAUCCAACGACGAGAUGCCAAAAAGAGUUAAGAAAGCAGGGAGUAAAGGAAAGAUGUUCGACAUGGAGCUUGGGGAGGAGUUCUAUCUGCCGCAGAACGAGAAAGAGAGCAGGCAGAUUGCGCAGGAGCUCUCGGACCUCGUCAUCUACUGCCAGGCAAUCAAAUUCCCAGGCCUCUCCACCCUCUCCCCAUCAGGCUCUAGCAGAGGAAAGGAGCGCAAAAGCAGAAAAUCCAUCUUUGGCAACGCCCCGGUCCGUGGGAGCCCUGGUGAGCCGGUGACACUGGUGCGCGGCUCGGGAAAAGCUGGUAUGGAAGGCUCGAGGGCAAGCUGGGAAGAGCAGACGAUGUCGGUGCCAGGUACAACGCCUUCACUGAGCGCCAUCAUCCGCACGCCCAAGUGUUACCACAUCUCCUCGGUGAAUGAGAACGCUGCCAAGCGUCUAUGCCGCCGCUACUCCGCCAAACUGAUUGGGCACACGGAGCGCCAACUGCUGCGCACCUACCCUGCUGCCACACGCAUCGACUCUGCCAACCCCAACCCCCUCUGCUUCUGGCAGCAUGGCAUCCAACUCGUCGCCCUUAACUACCAGACCGACGAUCUGCCUCUGCAGCUAAACGCCGCCCUGUUUGAAAUGAACGGUCACUGUGGAUUUGUCCUAAAACCACCCGUGUUAUGGGAUCGAACCUGCCAUCUGUACCAGCAGUUCAGCCCCCUGGAGCGAGACCUGGAACACAUGAGCCCUACUUUUUACUCAGUUACGGUGGUAUCAGGGCAGAACGUGUGUCCGGGGAACAGCAACGGCAGCCCGUGCGUCGAAGUGGAGGUACUCGGGUUGCCAGCCGACGCUUGCCACUUCCGCACUAAACCCAUCCACCGCAACACGCUCAACCCCAUGUGGAGCGAGAGCUUCACCUUCCACGUGCACUUUGAGGACCUGACAUUCCUACGUCUGGCUGUAGUGGAGAACAACAGCUCGCAGGUCACGGCGCAGAGGAUCCUCCCGCUGAAGGCACUCAAACCCGGCUACAGACACCUGCAGCUGAGGAAUCAGCACAAUGAGGCGCUGGAGGUCUCCACCCUUUUCCUGUUCAGCCGUAGGAUAGAAGAGAGUCCUGAUGGUGGAGCAAAACCGGCCGCUGUGUGGUUCAGCUCGGAGGAGAGACGAGCGGCGCAGCACCACAAAGUGACCGUGCACGGAGCUCCAGGACCUGAACCUUUUACUGUGAUCAGUGUGAAAGAACACACCACUGCAAAGCAGCUACUUAAUAUGCUGGUUCCAGAUGCCUCUGCGGACUACUUCCUGAUGGAAGAGAAGAUACCGCUGUCGAAGGAAAAAUGUGACGCCAAGAAAGUUCCUCAGCAGCGCCCUCUAGCGCCUGACGAGAAGGUUCUUAAAGUGCUUCACAGCUGGCAGCCUGAGGAGGGAUACGUGGGCCGUUUAUGCCUCAAAGCCAAGGAGGAGAAUUUGAAUGAAAAGAACGCAGCAAUGGAGCGAGUGGAGGAAGUACACAGCGGAGGAGAGGACGACGUGUUUUUCGUUCAGGUUCAUGAUGUUUCUCCAGAGCAGCCUCGCACGGUCAUUAAAGCGCCGCGCUACAGCACAGCACAGGACAUCAUUCAGCAGGCCUUGAGCAAAGCCAAGUACUCGGUCAGCAUCCUGAGCAACCCGAACCCCAGCGAUUACGUUCUGAUGGAGGAGAUCGGCCGAGAAGCUCCUGGAAAGAAAGUGUCUUCGGCUAAACCCACUCAGCGUGUGCUGCCUGAUCACGAGUGUGUGUUCCAGGCUCAGAGCAAAUGGAAAGGCCCUGGCAAGUUCAUCCUCAAACUCAAAGAGCAGAUUGGACGUGAGGAUAAGAGGAAGUGCGUGUCGUUUGCCAGCGAGCUUUGGAAACUGACGGGCCGCAGUCGGAGCGUGACGAUGAACGGGCCCGGCUCGAGCGAGGCAGCACACAGUAAGGAGGAGCGCGGCGCUCCGCCUCCACCCGAUGUCUUGGACUGAACGCACGCCUGCCGAUGUGUGUGUGUUUGUGUGUGCAGUGCAUGGAGUCCUGGCCAGGCUCUGUGUUGGCACUGGGACUGAAGGCCUGGGUGGCAGAGGGAUGUCUGGGUUUUGCCCCUGUGACCCUGCCGGCCCCCUCCGCCUGGUCCUUCGCCCUGCUGUGGAACUGGAAGCUGCACAAAUGAGCGCCGAGCCGCAGCGCUCUGACCUUUAAUCAACACAAUGACCUCUCACCCACUGAGUGAAGAGCAUCAUUAUACAGGUAGCGGUACCCUGUUUGAGGUUACCUCCAGGCUGUAGAGCGUCAGGUGUAUAGGAGUGACGGAGCAGAUCACUGAGGGGGUGCGAGACACAGCCAGCAGCGGGGUCAACACUGGUUCUGGGAUAUGUGACGGUUCUUUAAGAGCUCACUUCCUUCCUUCUACAUCUUUGCUUUUUCUUGGCCGAUCGCCGAAACGCUUGACGUGAGGAAGUGCUUACAGGAGUGGCUCACUUGUUUAUCUUUUAAGGGACUAUCCUCAAGAAAAGUAUGUUAUUGUACUGAUGUUAUUUUGCACAUUUUUCUUUUAAAAGAAUUUAAGUAUGGUUGGUUGCAGUCACCACAUAUUCUUAUUUAAUUAAAAGCAUUUUGUAUUUAUUUUCUGUUUUUUUUUUUUUUAAUGGACUUCCUGUAGUUCAACAGGCAGAAAAGUAGCACACUCUGGCAAAACACUAAUGACACGAUGGAAGCUUUUUGUUAAGUACAUGUAGCUUGUAAUUUAUUUAUUGAUGAAGUAGCUGCUCCUGAUUAAAUUGGUGUAAAAAGUAAAUGCACCCUUGUUUGGAAGGUACAAUCUCCCUACAUCUAUUCAUUUCGAACACGACCAGAAAGGCACUACAGCUUUCUACCAUGUUCAUUUUGUUUUUCUUUUUCUCCUUAACGAUCAUGUUAAGAAACCCUAUACAUUUAAUUUUACAGCGCCUGUAAGUACACCUGUUUUACUGUCAGUUGUUUUAUUAUUGAGGCUCUUAGUGUAAUUGCACGUAGGAUCAGUUGGGAAAACUUGCGUAAGGCUUUCGACCGGCACGUCGUUUCUUGCUAAUGUUUGUAAAACUUUUUGCAUGUUGCACAAGCGUGUACUUUGCACUUAAUUCCUGGUUUAAGUACGUUCUGAGGUCUACCUCUUAAAGUGUCUCACUUGUCCAUCUGUGUCCUUAACCUGAUUGCUUAUUAGACGUAAAGAGGACCUGUUUUGCAUGAAGGUUGGAAACCUUUGACUUUCUGCCAGUUCUUUUCUCCCUAAUGUCUUUAUCCUUAUUAUUUUUUAUUUAUUUAAAAGCAGAGCCCGGGUCGGCUGUGUUUUUCUUCUCUUGUACAUUUCAUGAACAGAACUCUUAAAGCCACGUGUCUAAUUUAUUAAGGAGGGUGUAAUUAUUGCCCAACUAGCCCGUACUGUACCACUGUAUAUUGUUUAUACUUUUUGUAAUUUUGAAUUUAAAAGUAUUCAGUAAUGUGUUGGUAUUUGGAGACACUAAUGUAUAAUGUGUUUACUUUCUUUUUCUUCAAGUGCCCGUCUAUGUGCUUCUCGUGUCUCUCUUAUAAUGCAGCUUUUUAUUAGUGUUUACUUUCAUUUCAUCUGUGAUCAAGUUUUUUUAAUGUGAUGCCUGUGUAAUACACUUUAUUGUUCAGCACUUUCUUUCUUUCUUUUCCUUCUUGUGACUAUCUGACUGUUGUGGAGGAAAAAAACAGUUGUACAAUAAAUAAGAAAAGUUGAUGUUAUAAAUCUUGUAAAAAUGA